GGCUCGUUUCUGUUAUGUGUGCCAUGGUCUCGACCCAGCCGUGUUGACAAAAGGCUGAGGAGAAACAGCCCCGAAUCAAAAACCAGCAACGGAAAACGCUGAAUUUGAAGAGUCGUGGAAGACGAGCAGUCGAAUCAGUGACGGGAAUGUAAACUGCGUUAACCUAAUCGUUUUAUAAAACCUGUAUUUUUGUUCUUAAUGUGAUUAUUCCGCGGAAAGGAAAGGUGCUCGUGGGUUUGGCUGUUUCAGGCCGAGAUUUUGCUGUUUGGGAGAGGCUGUUCGCACCGAGCUGGAGGCAGCCAAACGCCUAGCCCGAUAAGUAUCCAAACAUUAGCGAGCACUCUAGUCUCCGUCGCCGUUGUGAUUUGCAGAGGAUCAAGGUAAAGUACCACGACGGGAGAGUUCCCAGCCACCCAGUCGGCCGCAUCUUGUUUGACUUAGCUCGGGACUUCGGUCAGGACUCGGGACGGACCUCGGGACGGUGUUCUUGCAGCCCAGUCGGUCUGUCAGUCUUUGAGCGCUAGCUACCAGUAGCGGCAUUAGCACUGCCCCUGUAUUUACAUCUGGGAUGAUGGGUGAUCGCCCAAGCCCGCCCAGGGCUAUGUCCUCGGCACCCACCACAUCUCCCUCCGUGGACAAAGUGGACGGAUUUUCACGGAAGUCUGUCAGGAAGGCCAAGCAGAAGCGCUCACAGAGUUCGUCCCAGUUCCGCUCUCAGGGCAAACCCAUCGAGCUCACGCCCUUGCCGCUGCUCAAGGACGUGCCGGGGGUGGAGCAGCCGGAGCUGUUCCUGAAGAAGCUGCAGCAGUGCUGUACUGUCUUUGACUUCAUGGACACACUGUCAGACCUCAAGAUGAAGGAGUACAAGCGCUCCACUCUCAACGAGCUGGUGGACUAUGUGACCGUCAGCCGGGGCUACCUGACAGAGCAGGCCUACCCAGAGGUCGUCAAGAUGGUCUCUCACAACAUUUUUCGAACCCUUCCGCCCAGUGACAGUAAUGAGUUCGACCCCGAGGAGGAUGAGCCCACGCUCGAGGCGUCCUGGCCACACCUACAGUUGGUUUAUGAGUUCUUCAUUCGGUUCUUGGAGAGUCAGGAAUUCCAGCCCAGCAUUGCCAAAAAGUACAUAGACCAGAAGUUUGUCCUUCAGCUCUUGGAGUUGUUCGACAGCGAGGAUCCUCGAGAGAGAGACUAUCUGAAGACAGUCUUGCAUAGAAUCUACGGCAAAUUCCUGGGGCUGAGGGCUUUUAUACGAAAACAGAUCAAUAAUAUUUUUCUACGUUUUGUUUAUGAGACGGAGCACUUCAACGGGGUGGCCGAGUUGCUGGAGAUCCUGGGGAGUAUAAUCAAUGGUUUUGCGCUGCCUCUGAAAGCGGAGCAUAAACAGUUUCUGGUCAAAGUGUUGAUCCCGCUCCAUACUGUCCGGAGUCUGUCCCUCUUCCAUGCACAGUUGGCUUAUUGCAUUGUACAGUUCUUAGAGAAAGACCCAACAUUAACAGAACCGGUCAUCAGAGGCUUACUGAAGUUCUGGCCAAAAACCUGCAGUCAAAAAGAGGUGAUGUUCCUGGGAGAGCUCGAGGAGAUCCUGGAUGUCAUCGAGCCCACGCAGUUUGUCAAGAUCCAGGAGCCGCUCUUCAAGCAGAUCUCCAGAUGUGUGUCCAGCCCGCACUUCCAGGUGGCAGAGCGAGCUCUGUACUACUGGAACAACGAAUACAUCAUGAGUCUGAUCGAGGAGAACUCCAGCGUCAUCCUGCCCAUCAUGUUCGCCAGCCUCUACAGGAUCUCCAAAGAGCACUGGAACCCGGCCAUCGUGGCGCUGGUCUACAACGUGCUGAAGGCCUUCAUGGAGAUGAACAGUACCUUAUUUGAUGAACUCACCGCCACCUACAAGUCGGAUCGCCAGCGGGAGAAGAAGAAGGAGAAGGAGCGCGAGGAGCUAUGGAAGAAGCUGGAGGAUCUGGAGCUGAAGCGGGGCCUUAGGAGUGAUGGGAUCAUCCCAACUUAACAGAGACAGCGUUGUGUCCCCCCCAGCCCAGUCCUCCCUCCCACAUCCAGCUGCCCCGCCCUGACCCGCCCCCCCUGCCCUCCACAUCAGCCAUGUCUGCGCAGAGCUCCGAGACGGGCUGCCGCCUCCGGAUCCUCACUGCGCCCGCUGGUUUCUUAACUGUUUAUGUUUUUGUUUGUUUUUGUUUUUUUUUUUCUCUUGUGUUUGUGCGACUUACUUUACAGUAGAUUCAUCACAUCUGUUUUCAUUAUUUCAACAGCACUGUAAAUAAUUAUUUUCUUUCUUCCCUAAACUGAUAUUAUUGCAAAAGGAGAAACAAGACAACAAUAAUAAUAAUAAUAAAAGAGAAAAAAAUAGAAAAUGAGAAAAUGACUUGUGUGGGAGGGGUUCAAAAACAUUCGGCUGGCGUGUUUAAAACCAACUCUGGAGAACAGCGACCAACACAGACGGAAGAUGGCUUCAUGUAGACUCUUCAUGCUCCUCACUGCAGUCCCUGCUUCACCUCUCCCCCCGUGUCCCUCCCAUUCGGUCCUCCUGUGUCCCUCACACCCCCUCACCGAUGACCCCCCUCACGUUUCCAGUCUGAACAAAUGGAGUGUAUCUGUCUGAGUGUGCUUCCAUGCCCGUGCCUGGAAGAUCCCCUUUGGGUGGAAACGGCCCCCUGGGCCCAUAGCUUCAGAAAUGUGGCCCCCACCACAGCUGUGAACGGAAUUCUGGGAUUUCCAAGGACAGCAGAACUUUUGAACAUACAGCUGAAUUUGAAGCUGAAAUGUUAAGUUCUUAAGUGGCUGCAUGUAAACACACUCCUCACCUCCAUGUCUGUUGUUGUUUUUCCUCUUUGUUUUGUUUCUGCCCCCCCUCCCUCGCCGGGGUUACUGGUAACAGUCUGGCACUGGUGCCGUCCCGCUGUAACAACACCUCAAACUCUGACAGAACCUCAGAGGAGCCAAAUCUUCCUCCUCCGGACAGGAGCGCUCUUCUGCUCCCUCCCCACUCCGUUGUCCUGCAGGGGGCGCUGACUCCAGGACCCUGUACUCUGGUAUUGAAUGCAGUAAUCUGAUAAUCUUGUAUCUUGUAGUACUUUAGCUCAUGUUUUUGCGUAGGAGAGGAGUAUCAGUAUAUUCAGAGGUAUUAUGGAACAAGACUUCCUGAUAUUUAAGAUAGUCACCCCCCUAUUCUUUAGUCUCACUCAUCUUUUUCUUCUAGUUUGAAUAUUUUUGGAAAGCUUUUUUCACAUUUGAAUAUAUUUGUUUUUUUAAUGGGGAGACGGGAGUGAGGGGUUCGGUGGGGGAGCGUUUCAGAGGGACAGGAAGUAUUUUGUCACGUUAGAUUUUCUUUCUUUUUUUUUUUUUUUAAUUUGCUUUGACGUUGCAGGCGGUGUGCCCCCCCACCCCCCACACAUGAAAGAAGCUUCAGAAUGGCCCAGAAAUGACCUGAUUUAAAGCUGGAAACAGAUAAAAGGGUUGGAGAAAUACAAAUGUUUAAUUAUUUUAAAAAAAUAAAGAGAUAUUAAAUUAAACUGU